AUGGAGAAUGAUGAUGAUGCUCUUGUGCAAGUUCAAGAUGCCACCCACCCAAGGGAUCAAGACAUUGCUGCUGAGGGACAAGAGACACCGGAAGCUCAUCAGCUGGGAUCAACUGAGAAUGCUGAUGCUCUUGUGCAAGUUCAAGAGGAAGGUGCCACUGCUGUAGAUGACCAUGACAAGGCAGUGGACCAAUGCAUCACUUAUGAUGACUUGGGAACAACCAUGGAGGAUGAUGUUGCUAAGGAUGAUCAGGAGGUGGCGGAGCAAGGUGUCAUUGACCAAGGGUAUGCACCCAUGGAUGGUGAUAAUUCUGUCAAACAUCACGAGGUGCUGCUGCUAAGUGCCGCGCAAGGAACGCGCCCUACCACUCAUGACAUUGCUGCUGCCGAGGAUCAAGGAAAGAAUGUGGAGCAAUGCACCACUUAUGAUGACUUGGGAACAACCAUGGAGAAUGAUGUAGCUAAGGAUGACCAGCAGGUGGUGGAGCAAGGUGUCAUUGACCAAGGGGAUGCAGCCAUAGAUGAUGACAAUGAUGUCAAACAUCACGAGGUGCUGCUGCUAGUUGCCGUGGAAGGAACGCGCGCUACCACAGAUCACAUUGCUGCUGUCGAGGAUCAAGGAAAGAGUGUGGAGCAAUGUACCACUUAUUAUGACCUGGGAACAACCAUGAAGAGUGAUGAUGAUGUGGACGAUAAUGCUACUGUUGAAGAACAAGAGGUGCUGGAGGAGCAAGGUGUUGUCGAUUUAACCAUGGAUGAUGAUGAUUCUGUCCAAGAUCACAAGGUGUUGCAGCAAGGUAUCAUUGACGGAACCGAUGACAUUGCUGUUGAGAAGCAAGAGAAAGUGCUGGAGCAAUGUUCAAGAGCAACCAAGGAUGAGUACACUGUCAAAGAAAAGGAGAUGGUGGUGGAGCAAGGUGUCAUUGACCCAAGGUACAUGGAUCUUGCCACGGAAGAUCAGGUUAAGUUGUCGAUCGUAGACGACCAGGGUACAGUGCCCAUGGAUGAUAUUGUGGUGAAAGACCAUGAUAAGGCGGUGGCGCAAUAUGCCAGCGAUGCAAUAGUAACAAUCAAGGAUGAGAGUCCUGUGGAGGAACAUGAUACGGUGGGGAAUCAAGGUGUCAUCGACAAAAAUGGCAGAACCAAGGAUGAUAUUGAUGUGGAGGGACAUGGCUAUCUGAAGGAACAGGUCAUCGUCGAUAACUGGGGUACAUCCAGUGAUGCUACUGCUUUGGAAGGUCAGAAGAAUGAGGCUGAGCCACGCAUCGGUGAUGCACAGAUAGCAGGCAAGGACAUGGAUGGUGUUCAUGCUGAGGGGAACAUGAUGGGGCAAAGGACCGGCGAUAAACAGGGAGCAACACAGUCUGAUUUCACUGUUGAUAAGCACAAGGAUGUAGUGGAGCGUGUCCGCCAUGAGUGGGGUGCACCUGAGGAUGAUCGUGCUAUAGACACGGCAGCUUAUCAAGGUACCGGCGAUUGGGGUAUAGUUAGCGAGGAGAAGGUUAAGCUGCCUGAGGAUGAUCGUGCUAUGGACACGGCAGCUUAUCAAGGUACCGGAGAUUGGGGUACAGCUAGCAAGGAGAAGUAUAAGCUGCCUGCUAGAAGAUAUCCACAAAAGCCCAGAAAACUUAACUGCCCCUCUUACAUGUCAAAAGGGACCUGCACAUACGGGCCCUCAUGCCACUUCAAUCACCCACCGCAGCUUAAAUCUAGGUCAGAUGAAUCAUGGCGUCCCUCUGAAAGAAGAAACCAUGGCGCUGCAGAAAUUCUGGAACUGAACCGCCUUGGCCUUCCCAUUCGAGAAGGAGCAAGAAACUGUGACUACUAUAUGCGAACUGGUGCUUGCAGAUAUGGCAAAAACUGCCAUUUUAACCAUCCAGACCAUGUCAUUGAUGCUCAGUUCAAUCCACCAACAGGGUGGGAGGAUAAUGCUUUGCAGCAAAUGGAGAAAUCUUCUGACCGUACAUUAGAUGAGACAUCACACAUGAAGAAAUCUUCCGAUGAUGCGACCUUAGAUAACAGAUCACACAUGAAGAAAUCUUCCGAUGAUGCGACCUUCGAUGACAGAUCACACUUGAAGAAACCUUCUGAUGGUGCGACCUUAGAUGACAGAUCACACUUGAAGAAACCUUCUGAUGGUGCGAUCGUAGAUGACACAUCAUACUCAAAGAAGUCUUCUGACCAUGACAACUCAUGUAGCUCUGGUGUCCUGCCACCAAGCAUAUUUAGAAUGCUUCUACCUCCCCAAAAAGUACUGCCUGGUACGGAAGGAAAGGCGAAAAAGAAGUCAGGCUGGUCAUCAGACGAUUCCGAUGGUUGCUGUUCAGCAGAUAGUUCAGAUGGACCUUUGUGCAAGCAGGGGGGGCACGUGGAUUACCCUGAGAGGCCUGGCAGACCAGAAUAUCACCACCCAAAACAGUCAAAAGACAAAGAAGAGGUAAACUAUCCUGAGAGGCCUGGCAAACCAGAUUGCCCCUUCUACAUGAGAUUUGGUGAUUGUAAAUUUGCAUCAGCAUGCAACUAUCACCACCCAAAAGACAAAUACCCAGCUGGGAGACCUGAUGAACCAGAAUGCCCAUUCCUUAUGAAGCGUGGGUACUGUAAACUUAGGGCACAAUGUAAGUUUUAUCACCCAGAGGCUUCAAAUCCUACCAUGCAGAGCCCAACAGAUGCAAAAAGAUCUGUUACCACUGAUGAACAUCAUCCAUCUACAAGAAUCACAUUACAAGACUAUAUGCUUCCCCAGCAACCGCAGUAUCCCGAGAGACCUGGUCAGCCAGAGUGCCGGUACUACUUGCAGUUUGGGAAAUGCAAAUAUCUGUCUGCUUGUAUAUUUCACCAUCCAAAAGAUAGACUUGCAGCUCACUCUGAUCAGAUUGGACCUGGCAUGCCAGAUUGUCCUUUCUAUAUGAAAACUGGGAAAUGUCAAUUUGGAUCAGCAUGUGAAUUUCGUCAUCCCAAAGAUAUACAUUCAAGUUCAACUACAGAGGAAGCAUUUGGUGAGAGAACUGGCUCGGGGGCGUACGAUAGUUUGACAAGGUCAGAUAAUGGUGUGGAGCAACAAGAAGAGAGCAUCAUGUAUCCUGAGAGGCCCGGUGAACCUGAGUGUAACCACUACAUGAGGCAGGGCUACUGUAAGUUCCAGAUGAACUGCAAGUACCAUCAUCCAGGAGACCGGCUGUCUAAGAAACAGAGUCAUCCGCACCGACCACUUGAGCAAAGCAGGGACACGCUGGUUACCGCACGAAUGCUACCAACGGAAAGCAUUGUCUUGAUGUGUCGCCAGGUGUUGUUAGAGCAGGCUGUCUGGCUCAAGUGUGAGUGUGUCUGA